AUGGGAGGUGGGGUCCGCUUCCGAAAGUCAAGAAUAGUGGGAGAGAGAAAAAUACGGUUAAUAAGGAGCUUUCCGACGCCGAUCCGCCUCCGAUUUCCCAACGCCUUUCCACCUCCAACGCCUGUCCCGCAGAUUGGCGCCGUUCCUCAGCCGCCUGUCAAAAUUGUGACUCGACCCGUUGAUCUGCCCCUUACCAGUAGCCUCAAAAUCAGGUCUUAUGAUAAGUUGGAUGAUAAUGGCCUUGCUCCUCUAGGAACAAGAGUUUCAGGUGAGGAUGUGCUUAUUAGGAAGACCACUCCCAUAACUCCGGAUGAUGCACAAGGGCAAGCUGCUGGUUACACUAAGCGUGAUCAUAGCACGAGUUUACGCUACAGUGAAACUGGGAUGGUGGAUCAGGUUUUGCUGACAACAAAUGCUGAUGGGUUGCGAUUUGUCAAAGUGAGGAUGAGAUCGAUUCGAAUUCUUCAAAUUGGAGACAAGUUUUGCAACAGGCAUGGUCAGAAGGAAACAGUCGGUAUGACUUAG